AUAUCCGGUUACCGUACGACUCAAAGCGAAGUUUGCCGCUUGCAAAGGAAACAGCUCAAAUAAGUCGUUAUCGGCUGGGAAUAUAUAGCUUUUAGCGGACAAACAACUUAUUUACAGACACCGGUCGGGGUUUGGAAGCACGCUCUGGAGAAUUUAACGAUGGGGUACCUUCUUAUACUAUUUUUCUUCAGCAACGCAUUUAUUUCUGUGUGUCGUGCUUGCUCGUGUUUGCCGAGUCAUCCUCAAAAUGAAUAUUGCAACUCUGCUUUCGUUAUUCGAGCCAAAGUCCUUUCUGAGUCCACAGAGCAACCUCUUCAGACAGAACCACCAGAGACAGCCAUUGAGGAGCACAUCCCAGCAGAAUUCAUCCAAGAACAAGUGUACACUUUGAGGAUACUCAAGAUAUACAAAGGAGCUCGAGAAAUCAAUAAAACAGAGGGUGUGGAAGUGUACGGCUCACGGCGUCGAACUCUGCGUGCAAAGCUGUACACGCCGGCACGCGCGUCGUCGUGCCACGUGCCAUUGCGCAACCGCACCGUGUACCUUUUGACGGGGCAGAUACUCCACAAUAGGCUGCGGACUGGAGGUUGCAAAUGGAGGACGGAGUGGUCGCUAAUAACGCGCAAACAAAGAGCUGGAAUCAGACGUUUUUAUGGAGAGAACUGCAUGUGUCAAGUGGGGAUGUGUUUCGGUAGCAACUGCGAUAAAAUGCUCAGUGGCUGUGAAAAAGUCGAAUGGAAGGCACCAAUGAAAGAACAUUGUAAAAGUAAACACUCCUACUGCAUGAGGGACUGGAGCGGUGACGCAUGCGCCUGGCGGGUAUCGGAUGAGUAUAAAAGAUGCCUAAAGAAAAUACCAUGAUGCAUUGCAACCUGAGGACAAAUGUUCGUCAACUGGAAAAGGAAACUCAAACUAAUCAUAUUGCUUCAGUGUCUUCAAUAAGAGCAAUGGUUUCAGUUAACAUAA